UUUCGCAGCAGAGUGAGUCAACUGGUCAAAGUGAGUGUAGGUACGCGUUAGAAAAUUUUAUUCCCUUGUUCGCUGCGUUUUGCUACUGCGUGGUAGUGGAAGCAAAAAUAGCAUUCGUUCCUUCCUCUCUUUCUGUGUGGCAGCUGUAGCCAUUCGUAACUUUAUUAAAAUAAAAUCCUUUCCGGGUUGUAGAUCUGCCGUUUUUCCUUCCGGAGCCCUUGCAGCAGGUUAUAAAUAGCAGACGGUUACAAUGCCAAACAUCAAGCUGCAAUCUUCGGACGGAGAAGUGUUCGAUACGGACGUUCAGAUUGCGAAAUGUUCCGGAACGAUCAAAACAAUGCUGGAGGAUUUGGGCAUGGACGAAGGGGAGGACGAGGUGGUCCCACUGCCCAACGUGAAUUCGGCCAUCCUGCGGAAGGUGCUCCAGUGGGCAACGUACCACAAAGACGAUCCGGCACCGGCCGAAGAUGACGAGAACAAGGAGAAGCGCACAGAUGACAUCAGCUCUUGGGAUGCGGACUUCCUCAAGGUCGACCAGGGAACGCUGUUCGAGUUGAUCUUGGCGGCGAACUACCUGGACAUCAAGGGCCUACUGGACGUAACAUGCAAAACGGUCGCCAACAUGAUCAAGGGUAAGACCCCGGAGGAGAUCCGGAAGACGUUCAACAUCAAGAACGAUUUCACACCGGCCGAGGAGGAACAGGUACGCAAGGAGAACGAAUGGUGUGAGGAGAAGUAGAGGAGCUAAAGAUGUAAGUUUACCUAUAUUUAAAAACCCUUUUCUUUAAAAACAACUGCAAAAAAGAAAAAAAGCACGGAAGGCUGUAUUUUGAAACCUAUAUUAUUUGCUGGAUUAAAAAAAACGAGUUGAACACGCAAUGGAGCUCUUGUUUUGAUUUACAGAAAAUCACGCCUCCAUAUUGUUCUGCAUAUAAAUAUCAAUGAGCAGGUUUUCUUGCUAGAUGUAAUCUUAUCCGAAUAAAACUUAAUUGUUAGCUGUAAAUUUA